GAGUCAGUCCAGUGUUUCUUCACAGUUUUUAAAGAUUUUUCAAGAAUGUUCAUGUGCUAGUGUCUUGUUCUUCGAUUUUCGACGAACUGAGACUCGAAAAUGGCCAGUGGGAUUGGAUGAACCUGUGAUCAGGGGAUCGACUUACGACCACUGGAACAAUGGAAUAACUAGAGCAGCCGGUAGCUGUCGCUACCCCGAGAACCACCCCUUCGGUGUGGCAUCGGUUAGGGGUUCGAGGGUGGAACAGUGGGAGAUGGAGGAUGGUGGGAGGUCGGGGAUCAUAAGGGCGGUUCGGAGGAUCCGGCCAGGGAGCGGACAGAGACGGAGGCAAGCCGAGAGAGAGCGUAGCCCCACGGCGCGUACCCGCUACCCGUGUGUGUCGCACUAAAAUGUGACUCUGGCCAAGUAGCACCGGGAGCCGUGUGUGAGCGCGAGCGCGAGAGCGAGAGAGUCGAGGAGUCGUCGUCGUCGUCGUCGUCGUCGUCGUCGUGUGUCGUGCCGGAAUUUUAGUUUAGAAGAUCGACCGAUAAGUUCUCACCCUUGGAACGUGAAAAAAAAAGACCGAAACCUAAGGAGGAAGCGGUCGAAUCUCGGGGCAAGGAUCCCACCGAUCAACGAAACAUAUCAUUUUCGUCGGCCUGGUUCGAGCCAGAUCAGAACUCGUUACGCUUGGACCUGAAUGGUGAAGAAGAAGAAGAGCCAGGGGACCUAGUGCCGGGGGGCCAUGUCGCGCGACUCGUAGAUAGCCGCGUUUGGCAGUCAGUGCACCUGGUUCAACGAGCGAUCCAUCGUCGUCCGCGUUUCCCUGCUGCUACAGCUGGCGCAGAGUGUGCUCGCUGCUCCGGUGGUCCGAUGAUCGUCCUGGAUUAGUUUACCUCUAGACACACGACCCCGUGAACUGUGAUUUCUGUGCCGUGGACGCGGAGCUGGGUGAUCGCGACGACGGGGUAAACGCGGCGAGGAAAAAUGAAGCUCGAACUGGAUCGGGAGAAGGGUCUGGAGCUCUUCAGAAAGUUUAUACGAACGAAAAAUGUAGAGAGUCUUCAGGGUGACCAAGGCAAGCCGAGGCCCGAGACACUGCAUUCGACCGAUUCCAAGCAAAAACUACAGAAGUGCCUGACGACUCUGGACCUGACGUCCUUGGGGGUUGGCUCCUGCGUCGGGACAGGGAUGUACCUAGUCGCGGGGAUGGUCGCGCGCGGCGUCGCCGGGCCAGGCGUCGUCUUCUCGUUCAUAAUCGCGGCCGUUGCUUCCAUUUUUUCCGGAGCAUGUUACGCCGAGUUUGGAGUACGAGUGCCUCACACGACUGGCAGCGCGUACAUGUACAGUUACGUGACCGUAGGCGAAUUAAUAGCAUUCAUUAUUGGAUGGAACAUGAUACUGGAGUACCUUAUAGGUACGAGCGCGUGUGCCUGCGCCCUUAGCGCCUGCCUCGACGCCCUGUCGGACGGCGCGAUUUCCGGAGCGAUCGCCGGCAGCGUCGGAACCAUUUUCGGUCGGCCGCCCGAUUUCCUCGCGUUCGUCAUUACCAUACUGAUGAUGAUGCUGAUGGCAGCCGGGGUGAAGAAGUCGCUGGUCUUCAAUAACGUGUUAAACGCCAUCAACCUAUCCGUGUGGGUGUUCAUUAUGGCCGCGGGUAUGUUCUACGUGGACGGCGCAAACUGGAGCGAUCACGACGGCUUCCUACCCCACGGCUGGAGCGGGGUGUUCACCGGUGCGGCGACGUGUUUUUACGCGUUCAUCGGUUUCGACAUAAUAGCGACGACCGGCGAAGAGGCGACGAACCCGAAGAGGAGCAUCCCCCUCGCGAUAGUCUCUUCAUUGAUCAUAAUACUCAUCGCUUAUGUCACCAGCAGCAUGGUGUUGACGCUGAUCAUACCGUUCGACGAGGUGGAUCAGGAUUCAGCGCUGGUGGAGAUGUUCGGCCAGGUCGGUGCUUAUAAAUGCAAAUAUAUCGUGGCCGUCGGUGCCCUGGCUGGAUUGACGGUUUCCAUGUUUGGAAGCAUGUUCCCUAUGCCGAGGAUAGUUUAUGCCAUGGCCCAGGAUGGCCUCAUAUUCAGGACUUUGAGCCAAGUGUGGCCGGCAACGGGCACACCAGCGAUAGCAACGCUGACUUCUGGCUUGGCUGCUGGUUUGGCCGCCUUGUUAAUCCAAUUAGAAGUGUUAGUGGAGAUGAUGUCUAUAGGUACCCUGCUCGCUUACACUCUCGUGUCCACCUGCGUGCUGAUCCUACGCUACCAGCCCCAUUCUACGAACUUGGUGGAACUGCUGCCGCCAGCUUUGAGAACGCCGUGCAGGACGCCGACCAAGGAGACCCAGAACGGUCAAGUGACUUAUGGGAAAGAGUUGAGACCGGAUCAGCUGACCACUGCUCUGAAUUCGGUCCAGGCAGCGCAGGAGACCGCCGCUACGAACAGCGGUCAGCGUGUUAUGGUGAGGCGAGUGAGGAGGUGCAACAGUUCCUCGCCUGACUCGGACGACACGUACGGCGCGGAGGAAGACGAGGUUGGCUUGGGCAAGGACGAUCAGUACCUCGUCAGCGAUAGGACCGAGAACAAAUUCUAUGGCAGUGUCCAUGCGGCCGCAGCUGCUUCCACCUGCGGUAGUACGCAUCAGUAUCCGGGCAACACACCGAUAAUCGGGCCGCCUCUCAAUUACCUCCAACGCCGGUUACAGGCUGCGCAGUAUCUCUGUCCAGCGAUCUUCCCUUGGGUGGACAGAGGCCCGGCAACGGAGGCAUCCGGACGCUACGUUAUGAAACUGGUCGGAAUACUCUACUUGCUGAUCAUCAUCUUCGACCUGAUCAUAGUUUGCGGCAUGGGGAACAUGGGGACGUUCACUACGAUCUUGUUGUUCGCCUUUCUGUUCGCCAUAAUCGGGGUGCUACUUGCCAUCAGCAGAAAGCCACAAAACAGGAACAGCAUGAUGUUCAUGACUCCGGGACUGCCGUUCGUUCCUGCGAUCGCCGUCACCGUGAACAUAUACCUCAUCUUCAAGCUGAGCAUCCUGACCCUCGUCAGAUUCACCGUCUGGAUGGUUCUCGGUUUCAUCAUGUACUUCUACUACGGCAUCAAGCAUAGCAGCUUGGAGGAGAGCAACGCGUCGGAGAACCUCGAGGAGAACGUGACCGCCGGGAACAUCGAGUUGACCGUCACCGAUACGCAGAGGCAACAGCAGCAGUCGUACUCGACGACCGACCGAAGCAUCUACGAGGGCCAGCAGCUGGACGCGUUCGGUCAACCGGUGUUCGGCAGCACGAAUUUCGGCGGCACGCCCACUCAGAGGCAAUCGGUGAGCACGGGACAGCCGGCGCUGUUCGUCGAACAGGAUAACUUCCCUACUUGGGACGAUUGAGCGGCACGUGCGCAGGUAUAAAUAAUAUACAUAAAUAUAUAUUUGAUGAUAUCAAGAUAAAUGAUUAUUGCGAGCCUGACCGGCGUCGAGCACGUUCACCGGCAUAAAAAAUAAUAAUAAGGAGAUAAACGACCCUCUCGGAGCUCGCGGCGGGCCGCAGGCGCCCUUUUAGUAUUCAUUUUGUUGAUCGAUCUGUGGCUUGGCGCAAGAAGCACUGAUAUUUAUCAACCUGAAGAUGUCAGAUAAAUUCUCACUAGAGUUUCAGAUGAUUGAUUGAAUCUUUAUUUGAUUGAACACCAAUUUACGCAAUUCGGUUUCUAACUAGGACUUGACUAGUUAAUCAUUUAAGUAGCUUAAUUAAAAUUGUAAUACGACUUUAGCAUUUCCUGGAUCGAGCCACCGAUAUGAAUCAAUUAUUAUUGGAAAUAAUUCGAUGAAUCAUCCUUUCGAGAAUAUUUAAUUAUUUCUUCCAUGAGGCGGGUUUUGUUGAACGAAAUUUAGUAGAGAUCAUUUUUAACGAAACGUCUGACGGUCGAACGGGAGGCGCCGCUUCGAAAUUCUGAGCUUCCCUUUAUUGAUUUCACUUCUUCGCACUGAGAAACGUCAAUUUCCGAUCUUGUUCGACCUGUUCGUCUAUCACGGUUUCAAAGAGAGAUCCGCGAGUCUCCGACGGGCGAACUUGUUGACUACUGUUUGGGACGAAUGUAGCAAAUAAUUUUCGCGGCAAUAUUUAUUAUCCUAGUUGUAUAAAAGCGUGAAAGCGAGAGAAAGAGAGAAAGUGAGUCUGAUUGAGCGAGAGAAUGAGAGGCAGAGCUGUCAGAGACGGAAUCACAAAGAUGAGAAAAAAAAAACGUUUCGAAGGGAAACCAUCGCCAUUCUUAGAUAAUGAGAAGCUUGUAUUUUCCGAAAGAGCAUUUUAACUGCUGGGAAAAGGAUCGAAGUGUGAGACAGAGAGUGAAAGAAAGAGAAAAUUCGUUCCUGAAUGGAAGCACGCGAGAAAGAGAGAGAAAGGGAGCCAAAAGGAAGGAGAGAACAAAACUGGAUCUUGCCUAAAUCUAGUCUUUCCCGAUCUUAUUAGUGCUUAGAGUUGAAGAUUCGAUACAAAAAAACGAUCUCAAGCUUACCUCGUUUAACUCGAAUCUCAACGACGGUUCGGUCGUUUUUCAUUAAAAAUCGUUUGCCCCCUGGCUUAUUUAGAUCGCGGAGGGGGAACACGGAUCUGCAGGGGGUAAUAUCGAUCGAAUUCGGAAAUGAAUAACACAUGCCCGUUGUUUCAAUUAUUCCGUAAAUGUUGUUCAACGACGAACGUCCAGUUUUAAUGACAAGUUCCUACAACGAUUGUUGACCACGUAAUUGUUCUCGUUUCC